AUGGGCUCGAAGGCCUGGUGGAAAAAGGUCGAUGCGCUGUCAAAUAGAAAAGAAAGAUCCAACCCAAGCUUUGACGAGGACUCUGUGAGAGAACUGAAUCACUAUUUUGCAAAUUUAUGUCACGAUGAAGAUUAUAUCAGACCCGUACCCGUGGACAUCACGGAAAACAUUCCUGCACCAAAGCUCACACUGAGCCAGGUUUCCUACGCUCUGCUCAAAACAAAGCAAACAUCUACCAGCCCAGAUUAUGGGUUUGGAAGGAUAACGCUGCCAUAUUGGCAGUACCUGCAGCAAAAGCAAUCUGGAACGUAUCCCUGUCAAAUCAAAGGUCGCCCAGUGCAUGGAAGCGAGGUAAUGUCUAUCCGCUACCCAAAGUAG